UCAUGAAGUGAAAAUUCCAGUUUCUGACUUUGAAUUCAGAAGAUCACCAGCUACACCCCUAUUCAGAUAUUUAGUGCUGAAAAAUUUUUGUUGGAGAAAUGUCUUCUGAGUCAGAAAAGGAUAAAGAAAGGCUGGUUCAAGCUGCCAAAACAUUGUUCUUUCACCUACAAGAUCUUGCUUCCUUCACAAACACACUCACUGAAUUGUUUAACAGCAGUAUGAAUACCCAGAUCCUCUCGAUGGCUGUGAAAGAAGAUGUUCGUGUUAAGGAUGUCUUUGAACAAAUGCUCAAAAUUUUUAAGGAGAUGCAGUCUGCAGUAGAUGCAAAGCAUGACAAAAUGCAAAAGGAACCUUUAUGUUCCAAGAUUGCAACAGCUAUGUGCUCUCUGGUUGAGAAGAGUACCAAUGUAAAGGAGUUGCAUCAGGCAGCUAAAGAAGUGUUCAAAAAUGUUCCUACACCAAUCAUUGUCUCCGUGCUGAAUAGUGGUAACAUCCUGGGGAGUUUGGAAUCUUCUCUUUCACUCUUGAUGGAAUAUCCCCUCAUGACUCUUCAAUUAAGUGACCUCUAUAGAAAAGAGCAAUCAGAAACCACCACGUCUGAGAAAAGCGAAAGUUCAGGUCCAUGCAAAACCACUACAGUAGACACCUUGAAAAAGUUGCAGGAUGCGUUAAAAACUGAGAAUGCCAAGAAUGCCAUCGAGUCGGCCACAGAUCAGUUGGAACAAAUUAUCAAAACUACAGGACCAAUCUUAGAGAUCCUCCAAAAAGCCAUAAAGGCUAUGGAAACCAAGAUUUCUGUGUCUAAAAAAGCUGAUGACUAGUGGGAGUGCAGCAGAAGUGCUCAUUUCUGUCAGAAAAUCAGUUCAAAACUUGUGAAUUUUUAUAGUACUUUCUAAGACCUUUGAUGCCAGAUGUGGUCUAUUGGGACAUAAGUGCAAAGAGUAGUCACCUGGCAAACCAUUUACCUCAAGUUUUGUUUUAUUCAAAUAAAAAUAAGUAAUCA